AUGGCUGCUGCGAGGAGAGAAUACACCCAACGGAAGUAUGCAGAAAUGCAUUACCUGUAUGGCUUUUGCGACGGUGAUGCCCGGGCUGCUGCCAGGGAAUAUCGUCAACGCUACACUAACCGUGAUCAUUUUCCAGACUACAGGGUCUUUAUGCGCGUACAUAAUUCGUACAUGGUGGGAGUUUUACCCGAUCAGCAUGCUCCGAGAGCAGGCAGACCAGUGGUGCAAUUUGAAAAUGAAUAUGAAGUGCUGAGAGAAUUAAGAUUGGAUCUUCGUUCGAUCGUAAUCUCAGGAUUCCAAGAUCGACGGCGCAACGUGUCAUUAACAGAAACAAAUAUCACGCCUACCACGUGCGAAGGGGGCAAGCUUUGCUGCCCGGUGACUAUUAACCUAGAGUGCGGUUUUGCAGCUCUCUGCAAAACCGCACUCUCUCUCUUCUCUUCUUCUGUGGUAUCUUAG